AUGACGUCUGUGAAUCCGGUGAAGCGCAGUACGAGACUUGCGGGCAAACGGCAUUCAGCUGUUAUCGUUGCAUUAGGAGGAGGUUAUACGACGGACUGCGGAGGUAGCCACGGGUUGAGAAACGAACGGGAUGCUGCGAACAGUGAUAAACAACAACAUGCAUCACCUAGAGUGACACUAAGACUUACCAACACGGGUAAUAAUCAAUUUAAGAGUUCGUCUGCUCGACAGGAUGAGAAGAACAAGAAAAUAGCUGAGGAACAGAACGCCAGCAUGACGAACGAUACGAAAACUGUUGAGACUGAAGAAAAACCAGAAACACCCACCCAGUCGGUUUCUCAAUCUGCAAAUGUAUCAACUAGUGCACCAGCAGAGAGUACAUCAGCUAGUACUUCUAAAGAAACUGAAUCCAAAGAUGGUGGCUCGGUUGAAGCAACUGAUACUGUAAAUAGCUCAUCAAAUGAAUCGUCUGUAAAACCAUUAAAAGAAACAGAUAACUUAAAACGGUCUCUAGUUGAAGAAGAUGAAGAAGUUAAACCAAAAAAACGCAAAGAAGAUCAUAGCCAAAGUUCUAAAGGUAAAACUGAGGCUUCUAGUCCUAAACCUGAUAGUGAUGAGGACAAGUCGGGUGGUUCUGGGCCUUCUAAUGCUGACAGUCCUGGAGGUGGUCCUAAAGUACCUCCAUUAAAAAUUGUGAUACCUACUACCGAUGCUGAUACAGGUACAAGAACAAAUGGCAAGAAUGGUAAUCGAUCACAUCAUACAGCAUUACCAUAUGUAGUGCCAUCUGAAGAAUCACCACCGGCAUCUAAUCAGCCUAACUCGCCGAAGUCUCCGCAGAAAGCGACCACUGAUACAAUAGCUGUAGAAGAGCAAAAGUCUCCUCAAACCAGAGUAUUACGGUCAUCUAACAGAUGCGGAAGUAACAGUAGUGGUGCACCAAGUCGUGGUACUUCUCCAAUUGUUCCCGAUGAACAGUUGGCUCAAACUACUUCACCAGCUGCUGUGACAGUGGAUGCAGGAUCAGAUGACAAACAGGCAACUACUACUGCUGCAGCUACUGCAACUACAACGUCUGAAUCUACUGUGACUGCUGAACUGUCAGGUAUGGAACUACAUCCUAGACGACGCAAAUUAAAAGCAAGCCGUACUGAAUCCGAGACUAGUGAUACUUCAUCUGCCGCCAAUGUUACUGCUGUAGAAACUAAUCCGUCCGGCUCAACCAGUGAACCUGCUCCAGUUACCAAUUGCUAUCAAAUGUUUUUAAACAUUAGAAAACAAAUUGAUAAGAGACGUAAGAAUUUGUUUCCUGUGCAACCAAAACCACCAUCUGGAUUUAAAGACUAUCUUAUGAACAGGUGCACGUACGUUUUAGCUGGUAACUCUAAUAGCCGCGUUGUAAAUACACAAACCCCAUCGCCAGCCAAUUUACAUGAGCAGUUGAAAAAGCUGUUUGUUGAACAAGAGAAAGAGAGACAAAGACUUCGUGUACAGCACAUUGUAGAAAAAGAAAAAUUGGUGUUGAGUGUUGAACAAGAGAUACUCAGGGUCCAUGGACGGGCAGCUCGUGCAUUAGCUAAUCAGCUUUUACCAUUUUCUGUAUGCACUAUACUCAAGGAUGAUGAAGUAUAUAACAUUAUGACACCUGAGCAAGAAGAAGAGAAAGAUAGACAUGCACGAUCCCGUUACAAUGGUCGUCUUUUUUUGUCAUGGCUACAAGAUGUAGAUGAUAAGUGGGAAAAGAUUAAGGAAUCAAUGUUACUGAGACAUCACAAUGAGGCAGAGAGUUUACACGCUGUACAGAAAAUGGACUGGGGAUGGAAGUUGAAAGAAUUACAGUUAUGUACCUAUAGCUCAGAACCCAAUAUCGAUGAAGAGCAUGUACCGAUGGUUCUAGUCAGCGACGAUUUCGAUCUCUUGCCUGCCUAA